CAGCAUAUAAAAUGUCACAAGGAAUCUGAAGGAAUAUACAUCUUUCGUCCUUUGUUAAGUUAAACGUCGCAGCUUCAAGAAAAAGAAGAGAGAGAGAGAGAAAUAAAAAAUAGUUCAGCAAAUGGGUUCUCUAAUGUCAGGAUGGGACUCUCCAGUCCUCAGUUCUAAAUCAGGUGCAUACAAGCGAAAUGGGUCACUCACCAAAGAGGAGAUUGAAACUUUUUGGAGAUCAAAGCAGAAAACAGUAGAAGAACAUCUUAAAGAAAUUACUAGCCUCUCAGACGCCAAAAAUCACGAGGAAAUUGGCCAAGUUGAGGAGUACUCUGGGAGGAAGUUUCAGAAAUCAAGCACCUUCCCUCUGCAAAAGAAGGAGGAUAUUGGUAAUUUGGUGGACGUGGAUCCUACUCAUGAGACAAGCAUCGACAAACUCGUCAAGAAAGAUGGCUGGUGGACUAGGAGCAACUGGGCAUUUCUAAACGAGCCACCGGUGAUUGAAGGCGCUCCCAACAAAUACGUUUCACAAUUCCACGUAGCCAGCUUGGCCUCUUCCAAACCACAGGCUCGUGACGAAAUUGCUACUAAUUAACUCAUGAAUCUCCCCACUGAUCCGUCAUGAUUUUCCUUUAUGGGUUAGCAGGGGUUAUAUAUACAUAUACAUAUACAUAUAUAUAUAUAUAUAUAUAGUAUGAUGGACCGGUGUGCUAGCUUAACGUAUGUUUGUAUGGUAUGUAAAAGCCUAUAGAGUUUAGUUAUAUUAAUGCUUUUUAAGCUGACUAAGAUUUAAGCUUCCGCGGUAUCGUAAGAGGUGUAUAUUUGUUAUGUACGUGAUCGUUACUUUUAUUUCAAAGUUAAGUGUGGUAUUGAUUUGUAAAUACACAUUUUAUGGGUACCGUUAUUCAUAAUUGUUGCUUCCUUCA